CUCAAGCUAAUGUUUUAUUCACGGUAGAUGCCAGUAACCAGGUGGUGAACAUGAAGACGCUUAUCGUAAUUCUGACUACUGUCGCUUCCUGCUGGGCGGGGGGACUGGAAUUCGGUGGUCACGGAUUAACUCUGGGUGAAGUCUCCUUGGAUCACGACGGUGGAAGUAUAGGCUGGGACGAAUCAGGAUCGGAGCAGGAGAUAGAGCAUGGGGGCUACGGAGGGCAUUUCUCACACGUUAUCAAGCACAUCGGAGUACCAGUGGUGAAGCACGUCCCGUUUCCCGUUCACAAGCUGGAGAUCGAAAAGGUGCCGCAGAACUACCAGGUCCCGGUGUUCGUCAAGAAAGAAGUCCCUUACGAGGUGGAGAAGCAAGUGUUCACCAAAGUGGAGAAAAAGGUACCGACACCGAUCGAGAAAAUCAUACCCGUGCAAGUCGAGAAGAAGGUUCCGUUUACCGUGGUGAAACACAUCCCCGUGCCAGUGGUGAAGCAUAUACCAAUUAAAAUUCCAAUUUACAAAACGGUGAUCCACAGGCACAAGGGUCACUACUAAGCGGUGUCACACGUUAGCUAUUUCUGUCCACUUUUUUUUUAUGUUAUAUAAUUGUACAUGUUGUCGUUAUUUAUUAAUAAAUCCGAUU